AUGGAGCCACAGCAGUCUCAUAGACUCCUUGAAGAAUCAAAGGCCAUAGCUCUCAAGUCCUGUACACUCCCUAAGGAUUAUGGGCGUCACACACCCAAUUCCUACGCUUUUCUUUUUUUAGUUUCUUUGGUUUUCCUUUUCUUUCUUUCUUUUUUUCCUCUUUUUAUCUUUCUUUUUCCGCUUUUUCUUUCGUUUUCUUCCUUUUUCUUUCUUUUCUUUCUUUCUUUCUUUCCUUUUUCUUUUCUUUCUUUCUUUCUUUUUUAUCCUCCCUUUUCUUCUUUUUCUAUUUUUCACUUUCAUUUUUCUUUUUCUUUCUUUUUUUCUUUCUUUCUUUCUUUCUUUCUUUCUUUUUUCCUCCUUUUUAUCCUUUUUUUUCUUUCUGUUCUAUCCCUUUCAUCGACUUUCGUUUUUUACCUUUCUUCUUUCUUUUUUUCUUUCUUUCUUUCUUUUUUCUUUCUUUCUUUCUUUCCUCCCUUUUCUUUCUUUCUGUUUAUCCAUCUUUCUUUUACCUUUUCUUCUUUCUUUCUUUUUUUUCUUUCUUUCAUCUUUCUUUUUCUUUUCCCUUUUAUUUUCUUUCUCUGUUCUAUUCUUUUCUUUCGUUUUUCUUUUCUUUUCUUUUUCUUUCUUUCUUUUUCUUUCUUUCUUUCUUUUUCUUAUCCUCCUUUUUAUCUUUCUUUCUGUUCUAUCCUCUUUUCACUUUCGUUUUCGUUUUACCUUUCUUUCUUUCUUUCUUUCUUUCUUUCUUUCUUUCUUUCUUUCUUUUUUUCUUUCUUUUCUUUCUAUUUCUUUCAUCCCUUUCGUUUUUCUUUCCUUUUUUUUCUUUCCUUCUUUUCUUUCUUUCUUUUUCUUUCUUUCUUUCAUCCACUUUCGUUUUUCCUUUUCUUUCUUUCUUUUUUUUCUUUCUUUUUUUCUUUUUCUUUCUUUCUUUCUUUCUUUCUUUCUUUCUUUUUAUCCUUUCGUUUCCCUUUCUUUUUUUCUUUCUUUUCUAUUUUAUCCUCUUUCAUCCUUUCUUUCUAUUUUCACCUUUUUUCUUUCUUUCUUUUUUCUUUCUUUUUUCUUUCUUUUCUUUUAUCUUUUUUCUUUCUAUCCUCUUUCAUCCACUUUCUUUUUUCACCUUUUCUUUCUUUCUUUUCUUUUUUUUUUUUUUUUCCUUUCCUUUUCCUUUUAUUUUUUUCUUUCUGUUCUAUCCUCUUUCAUCCACUUAAUUUUUUUUACCUUUCAUUCGUUUUCUUUCUUUUUUCUUUCUUUCUUUCUUUUUUUCUUUCUUUCUUCCCUUUUUCUUUCGUUUUCUUUCUUUCCUCUUUUUUCAUCCACUUUCGUUUUACCUUUCAUUCUUUCUUUCUUUUCUUUCUUUCUUUCUUUUUCUUUUUUCUUUCUUAUUUCCUUUCUUUCUUUCUUUCUUUUCUUCCUCUUUUUCUUUCUUUCUUUUUUCUUUUCUUUUUUCUUUCUUUCUUUCUUUCUUUCUUUUCUUAUCCUCCCUUUUAUCUUUCUUUUUUUCUGUUCUAUCCUCUUUCAUCCACUUUCUUUUUUUACCUUUUUCUUUCUUUUUCUUUCUUUUUUCUUUUCUUUAAUUUUUCUUUCUUUUCUCCUUUUCUUUCUUUCUGUUAUCCUCUUUCAUCCCUUUUUUACCUUUCAUUUCUUUCUUUCUUUUUUCUUUCCUUUCUUUUUUUUUCUUAUCCUCCCUUUUAUCUUUCUUUUAUUCUAUCCUCUUUCUUUUCUUUCUUUACCUUUCAUUUUCUUUCUUUUCUUUCUUUCUUUCUUUCUUUCUUUCUUAUCCUCCCUUUUAUCUUUCUUUCUGUUCUAUCCUCUUUCAUCCACUUUCGUUUUUCUUUUUUCUUUCUUUCUUUCUUUCUUUCUUUCUUUCUUUCUUAUCCUCCUUUUAUCUUCUUUCUUUCUCUUUUCUAUCCUCUUUCUUUUUUCUUUCGUUUUUUCCCUUUCUUUUUCUUUCUUUUUUUUCUUUCUUUCUUUCUUUCUUUCUUUCUUAUCCUCCCUUUUAUCUUUCUUUCUGUUCUAUCCUCUUUCAUCCACUUUCGUUUUACCUUUCAUUCUUUCUUUCUUUUUCUUUCUUUCUUUCUUUCUUUCUUUCUUAUCCUCCCUUUUAUCUUUCUUUCUGUUCUAUCCUCUUUCAUCCACUUUCGUUUUACCUUUCUUUCUUUCUUUCUUUCUUUCUUUCUUUUCUUUCUUUCUUUUUUCUUUCUUAUCCUCCCUUUUAUCUUUUCUUUCUGUUUAUCCUCUUUCAUCCACUUUUUUUACCUUUUUCUUUUUUCUUUUCUUUUCUUUCUUUUUCUUUUUUUUUUUCUUUCUUCUGUUUUCCUCUUUCAUCCACUUUCGUUUUACCUUUCUUUCUUUUUUCUUUUUUCUUUCUUUCUUUCUUUCUUUUAUCCUCCCUUUUAUCUUUCUUUCUGUUUUACUUUUCUUUCGUUUUCUUUCUUUCUUUUUUCUUUUUCUUUCUUUUCUUUCUUUCUUUCUUUCUUAUCCUCCCUUUUAUCUUUCUUUCUGUUCUAUCCUCUUUCAUCCACUUUCGUUUUACCUUUUUCUUUCUUUCUUUCUUUCUUUCUUUUUCUUUUCUUUUAUCUUUCUUUCUGUUCUAUCCUCUUUCAUCCCUUUCGUUUUACCUUUCAUUCUUUCUUUCUUUCUUUCUUUCUUUCUUUCUUUCUUAUCCUCCUCUUUCUUUUCUGUUCUAUCCUUUUUUCACUUUCGUUUUUUACCUUUUUUUUCUUUCUUUUCUUUCUUUCUUUCUUUCUUUUUCUUUCUUUCCUCCCUUUUAUCUUUCUUUCUGUUCUAUCCUCUUUCAUCUUUCGUUUUUACCUUUCAUUCUUUCUUUUCUUUCUUUCUUUCUUUUCUUUCUUUCUUUUUAUCCUCCCUUUUUAUCUUUCUUUCUAUUUCUAUCCUUUCAUCGACUUUCGUUUUACCUUUCUUUCUUUCUUCCUUUUUUCUUUCUUUUCUUUCUUUCUUUCCUCCAUCUUUCUUUUCUUUUUUCUUUUUCUUUCGUUUUACCUUUUCUUUCUUUCUUUCUUUCUUUCUUUUCUUUCUUUCUUUCUUAUCCUCCCUUUUAUCUUUCUUUCUGUUCUAUCCUCUUUCAUCCACUUUCGUUUUACCUUUCUUUUUUCUUUUUUUUUUCUUUCUUUCUUUCUUUCUUAUCCUCCCUUUUUCUUUCUUUCUUUCUAUCCUCUUUCAUCCUUUCCUUUUUUCUUUCUUUCUUUUCUUUUCCUUUCCUUUCUUUCAUCCUCCCUUCCACUUUCUUUCUGUUUAUCCUCUUUCAUCCACUUUUUUCUUUCUUUUUCUUUCUUUCUUUCUUUCUUUCUUUCUUAUCCUCCCUUUUAUCUUUCUUUCUGUUCUAUCCUCUUUCAUCCACUUUCGUUUUACCUUUCAUUCUUUCUUUCUUUUUCUUUCUUUCUUUCUUUCUUUCUUUCUUAUCCUCCCUUUUAUCUUUCUUUCUGUUCUAUCCUCUUUCAUCCACUUUCGUUUUACCUUUCAUUCUUUCUUUCUUUUUCUUUCUUUCUUUCUUUCUUUCUUUCUUAUCCUCCUUUUAUCUUUCUUUCUGUUCUAUCCUCUUUCAUCCACUUUCGUUUUUUACCUUUUCUUUUCUUUCUUUCUUUUUUCUUUUCUUUCUUUCUUUCUUUCUUUCUUAUCCUCCCUUUUAUCUUUCUUUCUCUUUUUCUAUCCUCUUUCAUCCCACUUUUUCUUUUCUUUUUUACCUUUCUUUUCUUUCGUUUUCUUUCUUUUUUCUUUCUUUCUUUCUUUUCUUUCUUUCUUUUUUUAUCCUCCUUUUUAUCUUUCUUUCUGUUCUAUCCUCUUUCAUCCACUUUCGUUUUACCUUUCUUUCUUUCUUUCUUUCUUUCUUUCUUUCUUUCUUUCUUUCUUAUCCUCCCUUUUAUCUUUCUUUCUGUUCUAUCCUCUUUCAUCCACUUUCGUUUUACCUUUCAUUCUUUCUUUCUUUUUCUUUCUUUCUUUCUUUCUUUUCUUUCUUAUCCUCCCUUUUAUCUUUCUUUCUAUUUCUAUCCUCUUUCAUCCACUUUCGUUUUUACCUUUCUUUCUUUUUUCUUUCUUUUCUUUUCUUUCUUUCUUUCUUUCUUUCUUAUCCUCCUUUUAUCUUUCUUUCUGUUCUAUCCUCUUUCAUCCACUUUCCACUUUCUUUUUCUUUCUUUCUUUCUUUCUUUCUUUUCUUUUUCUUUCUUUUUCUGUUUUUCUUUCUUUCUUUCUUAUCCUCUUUUUUAUCUUUUUUUUUCUCUUUUCUUAUCCUCCUUUCAUCUUUCUUUCUGUUUUCCACUUCUUUCUUUCUUUCGUUUUCUUUCUUUCUUUCUUUUUUCUUUUUUCUUUCUUUUUUCUUUCUUAUCCUCCUUUUAUCUUUCUUUCUGUUUCUAUCCUCUUUCAUCCACUUUCGUUUUACCUUUCUUUUUUCUUUCUUUCUUUCUUUUUUCUUUUCUUUCUUUCUUUCUUAUCCUCCUUUUAUCUUUCUUUCUGUUCUAUCCUCUUUCGUUCCACUUUCAUUUUUUUCUUUCUUUUCUUUCUUUCUUUCUUUCUUUCUUUCUUUCUUUCUUUCUUUCUUAUCCUCCUUUUAUCUUUCUUUCUGUUCUAUCCUCUUUCAUCCUUUCCUUUCGUUUUACCUUUCUUUUCUUUCUUUCUUUCUUUCUUUUUUUUUCUUUCUCUUUUUUGUUUAUCCUCCUUUUAUCUUUCUUUCUGUUCUAUCCUCUUUCAUCUUUCUUUCGUUUUUUUCCUCCUUUUUCUUUUCUGUUUUUUUUUCAUUUUUCUUUCUUUCUUUCUUUUCUUUUUUUUCUUUUCUUUCUUUCUUUCUUUCUUAUCCUCCCUUUUAUCUUUCUUUCUGUUCUAUCCUCUUUCAUCCACUUUCGUUUUACCUUUCUUUCUUUCUUUUUUCUUUCUUUCUUUCUUUCUUUCUUUCUUAUCUCCCUUUUUCUUUCUUUCUUUUUCUCUUUAUCUUCCUUUUUCUUUCUUUCUUUUUCUUUCUAUCUUUUUCUUUUCAUCCCACUUUCGUUUUACCUUUCAUUCUUUCUUUCUUUUUCUUUCUUUCUUUCUUUCUUUCUUUCUUAUCCUCCCUUUUAUCUUUCUUUCUGUUCUAUCCUCUUUCAUCCACUUUCGUUUUACCUUUCUUUCUUUCUUUCUUUCUUUCUUUCUUUCUUUCUUUCUUUCUUUCUUUCUUAUCCUCCCUUUUAUCUUUCUUUCUGUUCUAUCCUCUUUCAUCCACUUUCGUUUUACCUUUCUUUCUUUCUUUCUUUCUUUUCUUUUUCUUUCUUUUCUUUCUUUCUUUCUUUCAUUUUACCUUUCCUCCCUUUUUUCUUUCUUUCUCUUUCUUUCCUUUCUUUCAUCCUUUUAUCUUUCUUUCUUUCGUUUUACCUUUCUUUCUUUCUUUCUUUCUUUCUUUCUUUCUUUCUUUCUUUCUUUCUUUCUUUCUUUCUUAUCCUCCCUUUUAUCUUUCUUUCUGUUCUAUCCUCUUUCAUCCACUUUCGUUUUACCUUUCUUUCUUUCUUUCUUUCUUUCUUUCUUUCUUUCUUUCUUUCUUUUCUUUUAUCUUCUUAUCCUCCCUUUUCAUCUUUCUUUCCUUUCUUUCCUCUUUUUCAUCUUUUCUUUCGUUUUACCUUUUUCUUUCUUUCUUUCUUUCUUUCUUUCUUUUCUUUUUCUUUCUUUCUUAUCCUCCCUUUUUAUCUUUCUUUCUGUUCUAUCCUCUUUCAUCAUUUCGUUUUUACCUUUCUUUCUUUCUUUCUUUCUUUUCUUUCUUUUUCUUUCUUUUUCUUUCUUUCUUUCUUUCUUUCUGUUCUCCUCUUUCUUUCUUUCUUUCUCCUUUUUCCUUUCUUUCUUCCCUCUUUUUUUUUCUUUUUUCUUUCUUUUCUUUCUUUUGCAAUCAAUAUUUCUGUUUUAUUUUUAUUCCGUUUUUCGCUAUCGUCUUUCCUAUUUUCCUUCUUGUUUUUUUCUUCCUUUUUGUUUUCUUAUUUACUUCUUCUUCCUUCUUUUCUUUCUAUUUUUUCCUUCCUUUCUUUUUAUACUUUCUUGCUCUCUCCUAUCUUUGCUCAUUUCAUAGGGGGGGGGGCCGUUUCUUGUAACAUUUUUUACGUUCAAUCUUUCUUUGGUCCUUUCUUUUCUAUCUCCUGA